UUAUGGGAGGAAACCCACGCAGACCCAGGGAGAACUUGCAAACUCCACACAGACAAUCGAUGGAGGUAGGAAUCGAACCUAGUCCGUGGCGCUGUAAGGCGGCAAUGCUAACCUGUGCCGUCCCAAGGAGUUAAUAAAAAAGGAGUUAAUAUUUCAAGCCUGAUAAUGACUACAUCAGAACCCAUAUUCUGAAGCUUAUUAAUAGAGUAAAUUAAAACUAUUUUGGAUUUCCAGCAUUGCUGUAUCUUGCUUUUAUUACAAAGUUAAUAAAAUUGAUUUACAAUCAAACAAAAAAAAACAGAAAAACUCAGCAGCAUCUGUGGCGGGGAAAAGACAAAACUUAACAGUUUGAGCCAAGUACAACUCUCCUUUAGACAGUACAUUUGGAUUGGCUCAGGCUUGAAGGGCCUGUUCCUGGGCUUUGAUCAAGAUGGGGGAAAAGUACAUCACUCUCUUUGUAAACUAAGUCUUUGCAAAGUUUGGUUCCUCAAAGUCUCGUUGUAACUUUCACCAACUGGGCUGCAUGAACUUCGUUGCUAAGCAUUGUAUCCUUUCUGCCCGGAGUCGAAGACCAUAAGACAUAGGAGCGGAAGUAAGGCCAUUCGGCCCAUCGAGUCCACUCCGCCAUUCAAUCAUGGCUGAUGGGCAUUUCAACUCCACUUACCCGCAUUCUCCCCGUAAACACAUCAAUUAUAGUAGCUAUGGAAACAGGCUUUAAAUUGUCGCGAUAACUCCUCUGAGUAGGAGGUGCCCAAUAGAGGGUAGUUGCUAAACAGCCUGAGCCAUCCACGUUAUGAUUGGCCAACUCGAAAGAGCAAGCAAUGGUGGUUGGUUGGGCCAUGUUCAAGCUGCCCCCACGUGGUGUGACAGCGAGCAGGCGGGGCCAGAUCUUUGGGGGCGGUGGCGAGCCAUCCGCCUCCUGAUUGGCUGCCUCGUCUCCCCGGGUGACCAAACGGUCGCCUGCGCUUUUUGAAGAGGCGCGGGGUUGGGGAGGUAUAUAAAAAAAUACAUUACGAGAAGCGCAAAAAAGAAGUAAAACAGCGAUCGGUGAAUGAGUAAUCCAGUUCAGAGUGAGGGGAGAAAAGUAGUGUGACAGAAAUAGAGAAAAAAAACCCAUAAAACGUUGAAAGGUGGUUGGGGGGGGGGGGACCGGAUCUACCGUCAGAUGCACCGACGCCGGUCAGUGGUUUCUGCAACCGCUUUAGGCCGCAGGCUGAGGCCUACGCACAUCCUCCUACACUCACACACAAACCCCAGGGAUAACGUUACACUUUACAGGAGCAAUAAAAUCCUCAGUGACGCUGAGCGAGGGACAGCAGCAUCAUUAUUACCCUGGAUUGGACGACUACCUACCUUGGCAUCCUACUUCUGGGUGUGCAGUUCAGAAUCUGAUAUUUUGGCUGAAGCUUAACUUGUGACUUAUAAACCCUCUUUCUAUGCUGUCUAGAAAUAGUUUCAGCCUACAGCUGAGGAAGGAUGUAGUUUCGUCUACCAUAAAGAGAACAGCCUUUCUAGCCAAGGAGCAAGCAUUUGUGCAGCAAUAGCAGAUUCAUUCUUAAUCGUUGGUCCCUGGGUAUACCUACAAGGUCUGUCGAACUCCGCACGCCGUGAAAAUGGAUGAGCAAAGUGUUGAAAGUAUUGCAGAGGUGUUCAGGUGCUUUAUUUGUAUGGAGAAGUUGCGUGAUGCCAGGCUCUGUCCACAUUGUUCAAAGCUUUGUUGUUUCAGUUGCAUAAGGCGCUGGUUAACAGAGCAGAGAGCCCAGUGCCCACAUUGCAGGGCACCUCUUCAGUUACGGGAGCUUGUGAACUGUCGCUGGGCAGAGGAAGUUACACAACAACUGGACACGCUUCAACUGUGUAAUCUCAGUAAGCAUGAGGAGAAUGACAAAGACAAGUGUGACAGUCACCAUGAGAAGCUGAGUGUAUUCUGUUGGACAUGCAAGAAGUGCAUCUGCCAUCAAUGUGCACUUUGGGGCGGAAUGCAUGGGGGCCACACAUUCAAACCAUUAGCUGAGAUUUAUGAACAGCACGUUACAAAAGUUAAUGAUGAAGUGGCAAAGCUGCGUCGUCGAUUGAUGGAACUGAUCAGUUUGGUGCAGGAAGUGGAAAGAAACGUGGAAGCAGUACGCAGUGCAAAGGAUGAACGUGUCAGAGAGAUUAGGAAUGCUGUGGAAAUGAUGAUUGCGAGACUGGACACACAUCUGAAAAACAAACUUAUAACUUUAAUGGGUCAGAAAACAUCAUUGACUCAGGAGACUGAACUGCUCGAGUCACUGCUACAGGAAGUAGAACAUCAGCUGCGAUCCUGCAGUAAAAGCGAAUUAAUUCUGAAAAGUCAAGAAAUUCUGCUAAUGUUCCAACAAGUCCAUCGUAAACCCAUGGCUUCAUUUGUCACAACACCUGUCCCACCAGACUUCACCAGUGAACUGGUUCCUGCUUAUGACUUCAGUACAUUUGUUCUGUCAAAUUUCAGCACUUUGCGUCAACGUGCAGACCCAGUGUACAGUCCACCUCUGCAAGUGUCUGGACUUUGCUGGAGACUGAAGGUUUACCCGGAUGGAAAUGGAGUUGUGCGAGGCAAUUACCUGUCAGUGUUUCUGGAACUCUCUGCAGGACUCCCUGAAACAUCUAAGUAUGAGUACCGCGUGGAGAUGGUUCAUCAAGCCUCUAAUGAUCCAACUAAAAAUAUUAUUCGAGAAUUUGCUUCUGAUUUUGAGGUUGGAGAAUGCUGGGGUUACAAUCGUUUCUUUCGAUUGGAUCUUCUUCCCAGUGAGGGUUACCUGAAUAUGCAGAAUGAUACCUUGGUGCUCAGGUACCAGGUGCGUGCUCCUACAUUCUUCCAGAAGUGCCGCGAUCAAAAUUGGUACAUCAGCCAACUUGAGGUGGCUCAGACAGGUUACAUUCAGCAAGUCAACAAUCUCAAAGAGCGAUUGGCCAUUGAACUUUCACGUAACAGGACAGCACAAAGUUUAUCGCCACCCGACACACGCUUGAGUCCACAAACUAAUGAUUGCUUAGACACAAGGACAAAAAAGCUUGUUCAUAAUGAAGAUUUACCAGCAGAGGGAGCAUGUUCGGUAUUGCCGAACAACCAGGUGAAAGAGGAGGAUGAAGAGGACAAGACCGUGCAGGAUGACUCCAAUCAUGAUCUGUCUGAUGGUGAUUUGGACAUAGAAUGCCUCACUGUGGACGAUGAAUUGAUCCAACUUGAUGGCAGCAGCUCAUCUGCUAGUUCCACAGCAACCAGUAAUACAGAGGAAAAUGACAUUGAUGAGGAGACUAUGUCUGGAGAGAAUGAUGUUGAAUACAGCAACAAUAUGGAUCUGGAGGAAGGAGAGUUGGAUGAUUCAGCUGGAGCUUCCGGAGGGCUGAGCAACCGCAGCAGGUCCUCAAGAAGGGGCAUGGGCAGUCUAGCAUCUGCAGCCAGCUGCAGUCUACUCGACAUUGACCCAGUUAUUCUCAUACAGCUAUUGGACCUGAAGGACCGGAGUAGUAUGGAAAACUUGUGGGGCCUUCAACCACGCCCACCAGCUUCCCUCCUGCACUCUGCAGCUCAAUGUCGGAAAGAUCGUGAGCAGCGGAGACAGCAGACUGUGCGUCGAUCGCCUCCUAAUUCCGGGGUUCUGAAGAGAUUGAAGGCCCAAAUGGCUGAAGUCAGAAGCAAAAUGUCUGAAGUCAAAAGCCAAAUGUCUGAGGCGCGAAGUAACACAGUAUCAUGUGCUGAUUUGGGGAUGAAUUGCACCACUUAUGUAGGAGAACAAGGAACAUCAGGGACAUGUGGAAUUGACAACAUUCGGAGAAAUGAAUCUGGACUAGAUCUCCUUUCCAAUUACAUAUCAUUUGCAUCUACAAAGAAGUGUGGAUCUCCAAGACAUAGUCGCUCAGGUUCAGGGACUAGUUUCUCUUUCCGUAGAGCUCUGGAAUGUGGUGAUAAAGAUCUCCACUGUCAAGAAAAUUGUCAAUCCUGCACAACAGGACUGUCAAAGCCUAGCAGUAGACGAGGAUCACCACACUCUGUAAUCAAGGCAAAUGACUUGGAAGCUCCAUCAACCUGUAAGGCUGAGGACAGAGCUUUUACUGUUACUGCAUCUGACCAAUUCAGUAACACUGCAUUGAAUGGAUUGGCAGCACUUGAAAUUACACGGAAAGUUGCCAGUUUAGGGUCAGUAACCCAAUGCAGUUUAACAGAUAACCAGCAACGUUCUGAUUCUGAUAAUGCAAGCACUGCAGGAACACAUGUUUCACCUCUUGAGGGUACAUCGGAUAGGCCAGAAGAAGUUGCAUUGCUUCAGAAAAAGGCCCUUCAUUUACUUCCUGGUAUGAGCAGUGAUAGUGAGAGUGAAUGUGAAACUGAGAUUGAGGAGCAAGAAGGGAACAUGGCCUCAGAGCUUGUGACUCAUAACUUCACUACUCAGAAUUCUGGAGAAGCAGGUGAUUUGGGCAAUUCUGGAAACACCAAUUUUGUCAAUGGAGAUGCAAAAGAGUAAUCAUAAGGACCUUGUCCGUGGAAGACAUUUUUAUCCAAAUUUUGGUGAAACUGUGGAAGAGAUUGCUAAAGGAAUUUGCCCAUCUUUAAUAAGUAGGAUAAAGGAAAUAACCUGUAACAUCCCAUUUGAAGCUAAUGCUUGCCUGUUACUCAUGCAGUAUACCAGCUGUAUGUUGCAGCAAGAUCCCAGUAAACCUUUGCACUGAUGGAUUUUCUUUUUCUGUGUUAUCAUCAUUGGGAUGGAGUGAGUUACACAACCAUUUGAUGGACAGUCCAAAUUCUUGUUGAAUGUUGCCUUCAGAGCUGGUGUGGACUGCACUUUCUAUUCACAAGCCUGUCAUGCAACAUUCCUUCCAGAAUGUUUUCCAGGAUUUAGACUGUAUCUUCUAGGGAGGGGGAGGGGAGAAAAAAGUUUAAUAAUAAACGAUAAUGUAUUGGAAUGAUUUGCUUGCAAGUAUAAUCACUAAAGUGAAGUGGAAGAUGGUGAGGUUCUUUAAUUGAAGCCAGUUUACAAACAUACUCAGCAACUAGUUGCUGGUUGGGUGCAUCUUAAAUGCCACUUAAACAAAACUGUUAUUUUUGGAGCAGCCCAGCAGGCGAGUCCUGCUAUUAACAUCCUGUGCACUGGAUUAUUGGUGUCUCACUGCCAUUGGUUCUAACGUAGCUGAGCUUGUGAGCAGUCCAUUCUAAGUAUUCUCAAGCAAGUCAGAACACCUUUUCUCAAGCAGCCUACUUGCUAACUUUCAUAAAAUAUAUAUUUCUUUAACUCUUUCUGGGUGAGAGGGUGAAGGUUUCUUGCAAACAAUUGUUUUCUGCUCCUAAUUCCCAUUAUUUGGCCAGAACAACUGGCAGGCAACGUUAUGCUAGUCCUUUGUCUCUUUAUUGGCAGAAAAUAAGCCCUACUCCCCUGGACACAUCUGGUCUUUCCUCAGCAGAGUGCAUGACUAAAUUGGGGAGGUGCCAUGGAGGAGAAGGUGCAAUACUGUAACCCAAAAGUGCCAUUGUGCCUCUUGGGGUUAUCUUUUAUGCAGGUUGCAGACCACUGCCUAAGCUGAUUGUGAGAUUGUAAAAUAUCCCACUUUGGUAGACCAACAAAUUAAUAAUCUAAUCGAAUAUAGCAGUAAGUAGACAUUAUUGGCUGAUAUAAGGUGACUUUGUAAUUCCAUGCAUGCUAUGAUGCGAAGAUCAUUUUGGAUUCAUGAGGGGCAUUUACGGUGUAGUGUUGAAUUUUCCCUGUCUCUGAUGCAGUGAACACAGAAUAGAGUGAUAUAUUACAUAACUACUUAGCUAAACACUUGUAAAUUUGAUCUAUUCAUGUCUUUGUACUUUCUUUUAAUGUAAUGUGCAUUUUAGCAAAGUUACCUGAAUGUUAUGUCCUUGCUGUGAUUAAUUACUGUUAAGUGCCUGUGUUCUAACUGGCCAUGUUUAACUGCUAGUCCAUUGCUCCUCUACACAGUAGGGUUAUACUGUAGCUUUGAUUGCCGUGAGCAGUGGUUACUUGUUCCAUAGUUCUCAUUGUUGACACAGUUAUGAUUGUAGAUUUCUGGGCCUGAUGCUUAGUGUCUAACAUAUUUCUGAGCAAAAGUUCUCCUACAGUUUGGCACCAUUGUGCCCUGGAUCAGAUUGCACUACACCUCCAAAUCUUGUUGUGUAGAAGGAAACUCUGGAGAAAGAUUCAGUGGUCUGCUGGUCAGGAGUUUUAUGAGUAAUGAACUUCAGAUGUCUUCAGAAUUAAAAUUUAACAUACUCCAUCAAAAGUUGGGAAUGCUUUAGUCACGUUGUAAGAUUACUUGCAUCUGAUUGUCAAUUAUAAUUUUUAUGUUAAGGAUGAAGCUAAGAUUCCAACAUAUGCUUUCAAAUGAAUUUAUUUUCCAUCUAAGUACCCUGUUUAUUUAUUUCUAUCUCCUGCUUUGGAGCAGUUAUUCUGCAUGAUCCGCAAAUGUACACUUCUCUGCGAUUUGCAUUUCUUACAGGAGGCAAUCAUUUUGUAGAUUUCCUUUUUGUUAUGUAGAUGUACCUCAGUAGUGCAAACCACUGUCUUCCUCUGGGAAUUCUCAAAGCUGCUGGUUAAAGAGCUGGUUCCUUUCUGUUAAGAGAAGCCUUUACAUAAAUUCUGAGGCUUUAUAUGGGUGCUAAAUGUCUCCUCUACUCAGAGCUUCUCUUCAUAAUAGCAGUUUGUUCUGUCAGCGUUAGAACCUGACGGUAUAUUUUCACCCAGUGUCAUUGUCCUCAAAUUAAUUGUACUAAAAUUAAACAUUCCAUGUUGCUGAAAAUGAAAUAAUAGUUGCUGGAAUAAGUAGAUAUUUCUGGUAGUUUCUACUGGUUUGGUCGACAUGUAGACUCUAUACUUUUUCACCGACCCUGCUCAUAUGUGGAGAGAUUUUAUUUUUAAAUAUGUUUUCUACUAUUUGCAGUUCUUCUCUUGGAUGGCAAUAGAUAAUUUGCCCUAAAUGCAAGUGUCUUUGCUGUAAUUCUGCUUACGCACCACCAUCAGUAUUCACCCCCUCUCCCCUGCCCACCCCUCCAAAGAAAAGCUAACUUAUUCUGCCAGUGCUAUAUUUAACUCUGAACAUUUCAGGGUUUUUUUUUAAAAUGCAUUUUGGAGUCUUGGUUUCUGUGAAUUUAUUUUUGUGUUGUGCUUUCUGGGGUGGUUCUUAUUGAGGGAACUUACAGUUCGAGCAACAGCUCCUUUGUCAAUCAUUGCUAGUGGUCUAACCUGUAUAGUAGGAAGUUGCUUACUGAUGUACAGUCCCUGAGUGCUGUUUGUGUGAUACAUGGUGAAAUCCUGUCUGAAUGUGAUGCACCUUGUACUGUGAAAUACUGUUUAGAAAAGCUACGGUUUAUCUGUAAUGUAAUAUUGUGUUUGCUUUUUAAAUACUGUCUCGUGUUUACAUGAUCACAUUUAAGCACUUUUUUAGUUAAUAAAACUGAAAGAUAUUAA